GCCCAAAGGCUGUGCCCUGGGUUUCCAUCGCCUCCUCUCCUGGGGAGCCUACAGCCUAGGCAGGAGGUGGUUAAGGCUUCUGGCUGCUCUGCAGUGGGGCCAUCUGUGUUUGAUCAGUCCUGGCAGAAAGGAGGGGGCGGGGGCCGUGAAGGCCUGAAAGCAUUCCAGAGGAGUGAGAGAGACCCAGAGAUCCAGAAGGAGAAGGCCCGCCCCCACCCCGCCUCCCAGGCUCACCCACGGGCUCCAGGGGCAGAGGCGCCUGCACACGGCUGCCCGUGCACUCCUGCACUGGCCCCACUCUCCCGCUGCCAUGGGACCCUGCGCUCCUCUCCUCCUCCUGCUCCUUCUGUCGUGGUCCGGACCCCUUGGAGGACAGCAGCAGCACCUGGUGGAGUACAUGGAACGCCGGCUAGUCGCCCUGGAGGAACGGCUGGCCCAGUGCCAGGACCAGAGCAGCCGGCAUGCUGCUGAGCUGCGGGACUUCAAGAACAAGAUGCUGCCGCUGCUGGAGGUGGCGGAGAAGGAGCGGGAGGCCCUCCGGACGGAGGCGGACACCAUCGCGGGGAGAGUGGACCGUCUGGAGCGGGAGGUGGACUAUCUGGAGACCCAGAACCCAGCUCUACCCUGUGAAGAGGUGAACGAGAAGGUGCCCGGAGGCUCUGGGACCAAAGGCAAGGGCAGGAGAAAUGAGAAGUACGACAUGGUGACAGACUGUGGCUACACCAUCUCGCAGGUGAGAUCCAUGAAGAUCCUGAAGCGUUUCGGGGGCUCAGCUGGGCUCUGGACCAAGGACCCCCUGGGACCCACAGAGAAGAUCUAUGUGUUGGACGGGACACAGAAUGACACGGCCUUUGUCUUCCCGAGGCUACGUGACUUCACCCUGGCCAUGGCUGCCCGGAAAGCUUCGCGCGUCCGCGUCCCCUUCCCCUGGGUGGGCACAGGGCAGCUGGUAUACGGUGGCUUUCUUUAUUAUGCCCGGAGGCCUCCUGGAGGACCUGGAGGGGGUGGGGAGUUGGAGGACACUUUGCAGCUCAUCAAAUUCCACCUGGCAAACCGCACGGUGGUGGACAGUUCAGUGUUCCCAGCAGAGGGUCUGAUCCCCCCCUAUGGGCUGACGUCAGACACGUACAUCGACCUGGCGGCUGACGAGGAGGGCCUGUGGGCUGUCUAUGCCACCCGCGAGGACGACAGACACUUGUGUUUGGCCAAGUUAGACCCACAGACACUGGACACAGAGCAGCAGUGGGACACACCAUGUCCCAGAGAGAACGCCGAGGCUGCCUUUGUCAUCUGUGGGACCCUGUACGUCGUCUAUAACACCCGCCCUGCCAGUCGCGCCCGCAUCCAAUGCUCCUUCGAUGCCAGCGGCACCCUGACCCCUGAUAGGGCAGCGCUCCCUUACUUCCCCCGCCGAUACGGUGCCCACGCCAGCCUCCGCUAUAAUCCCCGCGAGCGCCAGCUCUAUGCCUGGGAUGAUGGCUACCAGCUGGUCUAUAAGCUGGAGAUGAGGAAGAAGGAGGAAGAAGUUUGAGGAGCUGGCCUCAUGUGAGGAAUCGCUCCCAUCUCCAUACAUUUAUAGCCCCACUAUGUUUCCUGCUCAUUCUCUGAACGUGGGCAAGUUGUAGUUCAAGUCUCAUCUUUUAGCCCAUGGAAGCCGAGUUCCGAUGGCCCCUUUGUUUCCUAGGGGACUCUGGAUCUUGUGUACCCCUUUUAGAGCUGAAAGAGAAAACCCGAAGGGUUCACUCCUUUCUCCUGGCCCAUGUCCACAAAUUUCAGGUCUAAGAUGACCCAGAGCUCUGGCCCUCGGAUGGGGGCCACCCCAGUGAGAGGCAACAGAGUAUUUGUUGCCUCCAUGUGAGUUGGAGGAGAGAGGACUUUCAACGCUGCCCUCUCCCAUCAAUGCCCUCAAGAACGGGACUCUCUCCACCUCAUUUUGUACUGACCCGUUUUGCAUUAAAGGGAAAAUCCACGGCU